AAGAGAUCAUGAAUAACCCGCCAAAGCUCGGAGGCCGUAGAAGUGGAGGAGAUGACCAAGUCGGAGACCUCAUCGGUCACCGUAGAGAGGAUCCAUCCUUGAAGCAAAGCAUCGAGUUGAAACCAUUCGUCGUCAUCGGCGGAAGAGGGGAUCUUGGAGCCGGAGAGAAACCCAUGGAGAUUGAACCGGCGAACAAGGAGCAAGAAGAGACGGCACCAUUUUUUGUAAUUGGGUUGAGAAAAACUCAACUCAAGAACCCUAAUAACCAUAUUAGCAUUAAUGAUGUUAUACCAGUGGUAGACCUAAUGGAGCCUGAAGAGGCAAAAGACCUCAUAGUAAAGGCAUGUGAGGAGGUUGGGUUCUUUAAGGUUGUCAACCAUGGUGUCCCCAUUGAAGCCAUUGACAAGCUGGAGGCUGAGGCUUUGAGAUUCUUUGGCUUGCCCCAGCAUGAAAAGGACCAAGUUGCCCCUGCAAACCCCUAUGGCUAUGGCUGUAAGAAGAUCGGCAACAAUGGCGAUGUCGGUUUGGUUGAGUACCUUCUCCUCGCCGCCAACCCGGAGCUCAUGGUCUCUCAGCGGAGCUCCAUCGCCAUUCCCGGCGAUUCUCAACUCUUUUGGAAUGCCGUGUCCGAGAAUGUUGGAGCAGUGAGAGAAAUGGCAUGCAAAGUGCUGGAAAUGAUAGCCCAAGGGUUGAAGAUGGAGGAGAAGAAUGGACUGAGCAAGCUAAUAAGUGAUGAGAAGAGUGAUUCUUUCUUCAGGCUAAACCACUACCCCCCGUGCCCGAAGCUUGACGAAGUGGCUCAUCAUCGGGUCGGUGACGAAGACGACGAGAGGAAGUUGAGGAUAGGGUUCGGAGAGCACACCGACCCGCAACUCAUAUCCGCGAUAAGAUCCAACGAUACAACCGGGUUGCAAAUUUGUCUGAGAGAUGGUACUUGGGUUUCUGUCCCUCCUGACCCCUCCUCGUUCUUCAUUAACGUCGGUGACGUCCUCCAGGCGAUGAGCAACGGGAGGUUUAGGAGUGUGAGGCACAGGGUGGUGGUGGGUGACAGCUGGAAGGAGGCUAGGGUGUCCAUGAUCUACUUUGGAGGCCCCCCUUUGAAUGAAAAGAUUGCCCCUUUGCCUUGUUUCAUGGCUCUAGGGGAAGAACGCCUGUACCAUGACUUCACAUGGUGCCAAUACAAGAACUCUGCUUACAUGACUACCCUCGGUGAAAACAGACUCUUUCAUUUCCAACAUUAACAAUGAACUCUUCUUUUCCUA